AUGGAGGUCCGGGUCGGCGCCUACAUGAUGGAUGCCUCGGGAGGGAGAAAUGCUUUAACAGGACUUCUUAUUCAUGUGACUGUGGUUUGCCCAUCGUCGUCUCCCACCGCCACCUCCUCGAACGGCGAAGGGCGGCAAAAUGCUGCAGUGCAUCUUCCUGCUCUCCGAUUCCGGGGAGGUGAUGGUGGAGAAGCAGAUGACGGCGCACCGCGUGGACCGCGCCAUCUGCGGCUGGUUCUGGACUACGUCGUCACCCACGCCGCCGGGAACGCGUCCAAAACCUGCCUUUGGACAAUUGGGCAGAUACCAAAAGAUAAAUCACCGUUGCUCUUUGGAAAUUUACGCCUAGAGGAAGGACUUGCUCAUUUGCAUACAUUGCCAACAUUUCAGGUGAAAUUCAAGAUUAUGGGAGGUGCACUAUCUGGUCUUCAAAUUGAUAAACUGGAAGUGAAAAACACACUAAGUGGUCCAUGUAAAGGUUUUAGAGCCCAGACUCAAGCUGGAAAGUAUGAUGUCAGAUCGUAGGUGCUUGUGGCGGCCUGGCGGGCAGCUGUUCGUUGGCACUAUACAACCAAACAAUACCGCAGCGCUGGUGCAUGGGCUGUCAAGGUAUUAUGAUCAUCAUUUGAGGAUCCAUGGCCAGCUUGAUUUGCAUAAUUUUUUCCUGUCUUGUGCCUAUUACUGCAGUUGAAGGGACCUUCCAUGCUUCAGAUCAAUAGAUGUUCUGUACUUGAAUCAGAUUCUCCUGGCUGGCGGGAAAGCAACAGAAUAUUGUCACUCUGGUUUGUCAAAGACAAAGAUUUCUGCAAACUAAUGCCUACUAGUUGAAAUCAAGGAUUUGAGUUCUGGCACAUCAUUAUGUUCACUUCAGCAUGCAAUUCGUAAGGGCUAGAAAUUUCACCGUUCUUGCCUGAAAACUAUCCAGAGUUAGAAAAGCAGUGGUGUUUUUACAGUAACAAGUCUUUCUUUUUUCCUUUUUGGGUUCUAAAGCACCAAGCAGGGCAAUGCCAUGUUGUUUCGACUGGAAUCAGUUGCAUUGUACAAAAGGAUUAGGUUUGCCUGCAAUUAUUUAUAAGAAAAUUGCCUCUUUUUUAUAAG